AUGGCGCCUGUUUCAGGCAGCAGCAAAACAUCCCCGAUGAGCGCAAAGGAGAUCAAACCCGAGUCAAAACGGACGACGAGCAUUGCGCUCCUUCUGAUGGCACUGGCUGCAGUCCUUUUCUGUGGAGAUGCGGCGCUGAAGCACGCGGGUUACAAUUGGCGGGAUGCAGAGUUUGACCUGCAAAGGUUUACGCGUCUCGGGCCUCAUAGAGAGUUUCCAAGCAGCUUGAGGGCGAACUUCCUUCUUCCCAAAAGCACAGAUCACUUCACAGGCGAAUAUCAAGCAGCUCAAGGUAACAGCAGAUCGAGCUUCAGGCAUCAAGUAUUGGGAGCGGGGGUCCAAAAAGCUGAGUCAGAAGAUCUCAUGCAACCUGAUUACGGACAUGAGUGCCCUGUCAAGACCCCCAGUGUAGCAGCAUUCUCCCCCACCAAGCUUGCCCCCCAUGUCUCCAUCUCAGGCAGUGGUAGAGGCGAGUGCACAGUAGGCGAGGUUUGUGCAUUCCGCAUCACGGCCACAACAGAUACUUACUGGAACACAGAUGACCCAGCCAACCGGGAAAUCUUCUUUACAUACAAGGGCAGCUCUCUUGGAGUGGGAGAUCUAGCUGUUGAAUAUGGAAGCAUUCAUCCAGCCUGGACUGCCACAUAUAUUAUCUGGGAUCAGGGGAACUAUACAUUCACUGUGAGAGCUGACUGCAACUCGGUGCUGGAGUCAACAGUCCUUGCCGAGUUUUCUGUCACCAUUCAUCAACCUCAAGCACAGUCUCAAGGCAGCAACUUUGACGCUGGGGAAGAGAGCAGGACUCUAGCAGAAAACCCUCCAAAAGAUUCACCCUGCGAUCGUGGCGCUUCCGGCCGGUGGUUCCUAAAAGAGAGCGGACGCAAGCCAGUGUAUUCAUGGACACCGUACAAUUGCGCACCAAGCCUGAUAGAACCAGGGUCUUUCGUGAAGCGGCUGAACGAUGCUGGCUACAAGAGACUGACAUUCAUUGGAGACUCGCAUCAGCGUGUCCUGUACAUGCAUCUCAAGUAUCUUCUGGCAGGGCAUGCGGAUGCUUCCGAAAGACGCCAGCAUGGGGACAUGUCGUUAACCAUCGAAGAGGGGGACUCUCGCCUGGAACUGCGAUACUACUGGGUGGACGGCAUCUACCAGAACCACGAGUUCGGCUGCCACAACCGGGGCAUGUACUCCGGGCGAAACGACUCCUUCCCCGACGUCGAGCCCGGCCCCGGUAUCUACAUCUUCGACGCCGGCACGUGGACUACCGCUAGCUGCGCUCAACCGCAGCUUGCUUACGCCAAGCACCUGCCGGGGUAUCUAGAGUGGGCCGCAAAGUUCGACCAGGAAGGGUCGAAGCUUGUGUGGAGGACCACGCCGAGCUGGCGCGGCGCGUGCAACCGGAAGAACGCGGUCCUGGCGUGGACGAACCGGUACGCUGUACCGAUGGUCACUGCGCGGAAGGAGUUCCAGAUCUUCAACAGCUGGGAGGUGGAAGCUCCCCGGUACGGCGACCUUUGCGAUUGGCACUACUCUUGCCUCAAGAGCGACAAGGACAAGAUGGUGAUGAAGGGUGACGUCGGAGAAGCCGUGGCCCGCAGUCUCAUGACGUGGCUGGUCAAGAAGAUGAGGUAG